GAUUUCCCAGCCAAUAUCGUUUGCGGAAAACCUAGGCAGGCAAGUUGCUCACUAACAGACGUUGGUGAGGCCUGUGGCCGUAGGGCUGAAUUAAGCUCGUGGUUCGUGCGGAUCGACCCCCACCUAGAGCUGGCCUUCCAGGUGCAUUUUUUUUUCUGCGUGCAUGGAGAAGUGUUGCAGGAGCAGACAACCGCCUGCGCAACCACCCUCUUCAUCCUCACCUUUGCUGUCAAGAAACCAAUUCGCCACUCCACCAGUACCUCCCUACGAGAUCAAUAUGGUGCAAAAGAGGAAAAGACAAGCGGUAGCCAAUGCGCCCGUAAAGAAGAGGAAGCAGGCACCCGCCUCCAAAGCCUCCAAAGCCUCCAAACCAAAGCGCGUUGUCGACGCAAACUCGCUGGCAUGGAAGCCCGUCGACCUGCCUGAGAUGUUCAAUGAUGCCGAAGGUUUCUUCGGCCUCGAGGAGAUUUCAGGCGUCGACAUCGUGCGCAAUGGAAACGUUGUCAAGUUUGUCACCGCUGACGACGACGCCCCUGCCCCUGUCGAGGACGAUGGCGACGAGUUCGAAGGCUUUGGAGAUGAUCCGGUAGAAAGCCCUUCACACGAGGAAAGCGAAGAGACCUCUCCCUCAGAACCCGUCGUGACGCCGGCCACCAAGAGCAAAACCAAAAAAGAUGUAACCAAGGAGGCACAAGAGACGCAGAAGAAGGAAAAGACGCAGCAACAGCAGAAGAAAAAGAACAAAGGAAUAAGCCUGACAGAGGAGGACCAGGAACUGGAAAGCAAUGUAUUUGCCUCGGCUAAAGAUGCUGCUGUAGACGAUGCCGGCGAGGACGUGGACAUGUCGAAAUGGUCGAACCUCGAUCUGUCGCCGCAGAUGAUCGCCUGUCUCGCACGGCUCAAGUUCACAAAACCGACCGACAUACAGUCUGCAGCUAUACGAAAGAUAACCGCUGGACACGACGUCAUCGGGAAGGCAUCGACUGGUUCCGGAAAAACGCUGGCGUUCGCAAUACCCAUUGUCGAGGCGUGGCUUUCGAGGCAGGGGGCGGGCAAAUCCGGAGACAAGAAAUCGCCAAUAGGCUUGGUCAUGUCGCCGACCAGGGAGCUGGCUCAUCAGAUUACAAACCACAUCAAAGCGCUUUGCGAAGGCCUCACCACACCUCCAUACAUCUGUUCGGUCACGGGUGGUCUGUCUGUGCACAAGCAACAACGGCAGCUCGAAAAGGCAGACAUCGUCAUCGGAACCCCAGGCCGUCUGUGGGAAGUCCUCAGCUCCAGCACCGACAUAUUGGACUCCUUCAAGAGGGUCAGUUUCCUAGUGGUUGACGAGGCCGACCGUCUCCUCACGGAUGGUCAUUUCAAGGAGGCAGAGGAGAUCUUGAAGGCCAUCGAUAGAAUGGAGGUUGACGAGGACGAUGAGGGACCCGAACUCUUCCCAAGACAAACGCUGGUCUUUUCUGCCACAUUCAACAAGAACCUCCAGCAGAAGCUGGCAGGGAAGGGAAAAUCCAACCUGAUGGAUACACAAGAGUCCAUGGAAUACCUUUUAAAGAAGUUAAACUUCCGGGAAGAGAAGCCCAAGUUCGUCGAUGUUAAUCCAGUCGCUCAGAUGGCACAGGGCCUCAAGGAGGGCCUGGUGGAAUGUGGCGCGAUGGAGAAGGAUCUGUACCUCUAUUCUCUCAUCCUGCUCCAGCCGACACAACGCAUCCUAGUCUUCAGCAACUCGAUCGGCUCAGUGCGCCGACUGUUGCCUAUGCUGCAGAACCUCAACCUCCCAGUCCACGCCCUCCACUCACAAAUGGCCCAGAAGGCCAGACUACGCUCCGUUGAGCGUUUCACAAGCGCCAAGCCAGGGACCCAUUCCAUCCUUCUCGCCACUGACGUCGCCGCCCGAGGUCUCGACAUCCCGGGCAUCGACGUCGUGAUCCACUACCACGUGCCGCGCGCCGCAGACGCCUACGUGCACCGAUCAGGCCGUACGGCCCGCGCCUCGCAGUCCGGGCUGAGCGUGCUGCUGUGCGCGCCCGAGGAGGUGGUGUCGACGCGGCGGCUGAUCGCCAAGGUGCACGCGACGGCGAGGCCCGGGUCCGGGCUGAGCCGCAAGAGCGACUUCUUCAUCCGCACCAUCGACGUUGACCGGCGGCUGGUGGGGCGGCUCAAGGAGCGGGUGACGCUGGCGAAGCGGAUCGCGGACGCGCAGCUGGCCAAGGAGAAGGGCAGCAAGGAGGACGACUGGAUGCGCAACGCCGCCGAGGAGCUCGGCGUCGAGUACGACUCGGAGGACCUCGAGCAGGUGGGCAAGUGGGGCGGGCGCGGCAGCGGCCGCAAGGCCAAGCAGGACGAGGCGAGGGCCACGUCCAAGGCCGAGCUGGGCGCGCUGAGGGCCCAGCUGCGCGAGCUGCUCUCGAGGCGGGUCAAUGCCGGCGUCAGCGAGAGGUACAUCGCGGGGGGGAUGGUGGACAUGGACGAGCUGCUGAGGGACGGCGUCAAGGGCAACUUCUUGGGGCAGGUCAGCGGGUUGGAUUUGGACGACUGAGGGGUUUACGGCGGGUGUGCUUUGAGAUACCCUGGGUCUUGAUGCCUGACUGAAUUGACCCAACCACGUUCGUGGUAUUAUGGUAACAAGCUGAUGUCCAAAUCGUGUGCUAUUGCUGUUCCCGUUGAAUGCCCGUCGUCACCACGUCCUCUUGCACCUACAUACAAGCUGUCUUCCUACGUAAUCACAGUCCAUCACGUAUCGCCAUCCUCCGUUCUUCCCUACUUGUGGGUUGAGGGUAAAACAUGAUAUUGAAGUAAACAGCAAGACCUUGCACCGAUACUG